UCAAAACAAAUAAUAUAUACAGUUAGUUGUUUGGUUCUGAUCAACGUUAAUGACUUUAUAAACGAUUAUAAUUAAAAAUAUGGCUAAUAAGUCACCGUUGAACAAUCGCUUCCAUUAUCAUCGAGAAGAGAACGAGUUGAUGCACGCUGGUCCACCGCUGGAUUUAUCAUUUAAAAAUGCUAGCACGUGUGACGAAUUGGUCAAUCGUAGCAUCCAAUCAAAUCGCAUUAGAAAAUUACCAGAGAAGACGGAGAAUAAUCGCUUCCUUACCAGCUCCAUGUGGCUGAGCAACAACAGCCUCACUACGCUCUCAAGGCUCGGCGAUCUUGCCAAUAAAUUUCUCGAGAAGCCCAGCGAUCUCCGAUGGCUGGAUCUAGCCUACAAUAAAAUAUGCGGCGUGGACGAGGACCUUUUGAAAUUUCAGAAUCUCACCAUUCUUUAUCUACACGGGAAUGAAAUAUGCGACAUCAAGUGCAUAUUAAAACUGAGAGAUUUGAGAAAUCUACGAACAUUGACUCUCCAUGGAAAUCCCAUUGAGCGAAUGCCAUCGUACCGGCGAUACGUAAUAGCCAUUUUACCUCAGAUUUCAAAUCUCGAUUUUUCAUCGGUCAUUGACACAGAAAAGAAAAGGGCUCUUCCAGCAGGAUUUUUCAAGACAAUAUCAAGCUAAUUUAUGAGUAACAGUGACAAAAAACAAAGCAAAAAC